AUGAAGCAUUUCAUUAGUCUCUACACCGCUUUUAUCAUUCUUGCACCGUCGCACAACCAUGCCUGCGCGCUUGCAACCAGCAGAGCCCUCUCCACCCUCCCAGAUCUACCAACGGUCGACACCGUAUGGGACGUAGAAAUCCGGCCCGGCAACAAGCUAGCACUUGCCGGUACGGCUCAACAAGUCGUUGCCAAGGCCCGCGAGCUCAACCCGGACUACCAGAUGAACAAAAUUCCCAGACUCCCAGCACGGCCGCACGUUGGCAGCGAGGGCAGCAGCAGCAACAAGACCCAGCUGUCAAAACGCGACUACACCCUCUGCGGCGGGGACCCGGCGCUGCAGCACCGCACCUGGGAGAACAUCCAGUACCUCCUGGGCCUUGGCCAGACCCUGCGGAUCGAGUCGCACACUUGCGGCCGGUUGGCCUGCCAGUACAACAGCGGGAUCGAGUGGUGCAACUAUGCACUCGAGGCUAGAGAGCACACGACGGACUGGAUCGCGCAUGCUGCCGAUGUGGUAUUUACAGAUUGUCUUGAUGUGCCUCAUGGCGGCGAGUUUGUGUCGGGCAGACGUGUGCAUGAUGAUCUGGUCGUGGUAGUCGUCCGGGAUGGCUUUGAUUGUUGA